AUGACUACCGUAAACGGCCACUGUAAACGAAUGCCGUGUUUCAACGUAAAUGAUUGGUGUACGGCCGUUUACGGCCGGGCAGGAACGACCUGGGGGGUUAUGUUAUUUUUCAAGGAAAUCGAAAGCUAUUUUCGACAGAAACAUCCUAAUCAUAAAAGAGCUAUAGGUUUUAAUCAUUGGUGGCAAGACUCGGAUGGUGUUCGUAUUUUAGGUGAAGUUAAGGAUGUUGAUUUGUUUAUUUACUUAUGUGAUGCAAAAAGAUAUCCAAAAAAAUUAAAUAAUGUUAAUAUUCUUCCUGAUCCACCAAAACGUCUACCACCUCGAAACACUGUUGUAGUUAAAUUUGUGAAAAAUGAUAUUGACAUUGAUGAAUUUCGUCUAGAUUUAAAGGAACGAUAA